AUGCCAGGUUCGGAGCUGGCCGGCAGCCCUGCACGGUCAUCCGGGCACCUCGGCCAGAACGGGCCGGGUGUGAGGAGACUCAGGCGGUCUGCUGGCAGCCGGGCACCUCGGCCAGCACGGGCCGGGUGUGAGGAGACUCAGGCGGUCUGCUGGCAGCCGGGCACCUCGGCCAGCACGGGCCGGCCGGGCACCUCGGCCAGCACGGGCCGGGUCCGGGCACCUCGGCCAGCACGGGCCGGGUGUGAGAAGACUCAGGCAGUCUGCUGGCAGCCGGGCACCUCGGCCAGCACGGGCCGGCCGGGCACCUCGGCCAGCACGGGCCGGGUGUGGGAAGACUCAGGCGGUCUGCUGGCAGCCGGGCACCUCGGCCAGCACGGGCCGGGUGUGAGGAGACUCAGGCGGUCUGCUGGCAGCCGGGCACCUCGGCCAGCACGGGCCGGGUGUGGGAAGACUCAGGCGGUCUGCUGGCAGCCGGGCACCUCGGCCAGCACGGGCCGGCCGGGCACCUCGGCCAGCACGGGCCGGGUGUGGGAAGACUCAGGCAGUCUGCUGGCAGCCGGGCACCUCGGCCAGCACGGGCCGGGUGUGAGGAGACUCAGGCGGUCUGCUGGCAGCCGGGCACCUCGGCCAGCACGGGCCGGGUGUGAGGAGACUCAGGCGGUCUGCUGGCAGCCGGGCAUCUCGGCCAGCACGGGCCGGGUGUGGGAAGACUCAGGCGGUCUGCUGGCAGCCGGGCACCUCGGCCAGCACGGGCCGGGUGUGAGGAGACUCAGGCGGUCUGCUGGCAGCCGGGCACCUCGGCCAGCACGGGCCGGGUGUGGGAAGACUCAGGCGGUCUGCUGGCAGCCGGGCACCUCGGCCAGCACGGGCCGGGUGUGGGAAGACUCAGGCGGUCUGCUGGCAGCCGGGCACCUCGGCCAGCACGGGCCGGGUGUGAGGAGACUCAGGCGGUCUGCUGGCAGCCGGGCACCUCGGCCAGCACGGGCCGGGUGUGAGGAGACUCAGGCGGUCUGCUGGCAGCCGGGCACCUCGGCCAGAACGGGCCGGGUGUGA